UUUUGGGAUAGGUCAGCAAGAAGGGGCAAGUGUUGUUAAUGUGGCGGACAGCAAUGAGGCGACCAGCUGUAGUUUCCGUGCUGUUGCUGUGUUGUUGCACUGUUCACGCUCAGUAUGAGAAGUACAGUUUCCGGAGUUUUCCCCGGGACGAGUUGAUGCCGCUGGAUUCGGCGUAUCGACAUGCGCUGGACCAAUAUUCGGCGGAGAACUGGCAGGAGAGUGUGGAUUACCUGGAGAUGAGCCUCCGCCUACACCGUCUGCUCCGCGACAGUGAGGCUUUCUGUAACCUCAACUGUAGCCUAGUAUUGCCAGACCAAACUGCUCGUUUCAGCGGCUUUCCUGAGCUCCAGCUCUUCAGCAGUAUCAUGAAGAGAGCGCAGUGUCUCCGCAGGUGUAAACAGGGUUUGCCUGCUUUCCGCCAAUCUCAGCCCAGCAGAGAAACUCUGGAGGACUUCGAGAAGCGGGAGGUCUACAAAUAUCUGCAGUUUGCUUACUUUAAGGUUCAGAAUGUUGCUAAAGCCAUAUCGGCAGCUCAUACCUUCCUUCAGAAGCACCCUGAUGAUGCAAUGAUGAAGCAGAACAUGGAUUACUACAAGUCUUUGCCAAACUCUGAUGACUUCUUGAAUGACCUGGAGAUGAAAAAUUAUGAGAAUCUAUUCAUCCAAGCGGUGAAAGCUUACAAUGGCGAAAACUACCUGACAUCCAUUACAAACAUGGAACUGGCCAUCCCAGAAUACCUUAAGGCUUAUGAUGAGUGUAUUGCUGCCUGCGAGGGUUCAAGAGAGGUGAAGGAGUUUAAAGAUUUCUAUCCCUCAAUAGCAGAACAUUACGCUGAAGUUUUGCAGUGUAAAGUGAAGUGUGAGCAUGAACUAACUCCUGUCAUUGGAGGGUUUUUUGUGGAGAAAUUUGUUGCUACUAUGUACCACUAUUUGCAGUUCACUUAUUAUAAACUCAAUGAUAUGAAGAAUGCAGCUCCAUGUGUAGCAACCUAUUUGCUCUUUGAUCCUGAAGAUUCAGUGAUGAAGCAAAACUUGGUGUAUUACCAAUACCACAAGCUGAAAUGGGACCUGACAGAGGAGGAUUUCUUGCCCAGACCAGAGGCUUUGCGAUACUACAACCAGACCAAUUUUCAAUUGCAAAUGUAUGAAUUUGCCAAACAACAUCUACAAGCUGAUGAUGAAGGUGAAGUAUUGGAGUAUAUUGAUGAUCUUCUGGAAAAAGCAGACAGUUAAUAUCGGUGACAGAGGAGAGUCUGUAGUAAAGACUACGGUGGUUAAAUAAACAAAAUGAAUCCGUGUCUCCAGCUGCCUCAACUCAGGACAAUUUCCUCAAAUGCUGAACUCUUCCCAUAGGUGCUUAAAGUCUUAGAUUUUUACUUCUCUUUGUUUGUUCUUCUAUGUGACUGAGUGGCAGACCUAAAACUUUUUGGAGAUGUGUCUUUUAUUACUUAAUAGAAACCUUUCAGCUUUGAGCCAUUGCCUAAUUAUAUAUUUAGCUUCCAUUGUGUUCAUCCAAAUUAACUCAGAAAUAGUUUCUAGAGCCAAAAGCUAUCAUAGCCUCUUCAAAAGUUCUUCCAGGCUGCUAUCUUGAGAACAUUUAAACUUUUUUUUUCUGUGGUUGUACUGAGAGAGUGUAGAGUCUUUCUUUAAAAGAAUGUUUAUUUGGUUUCUUAUUAAACCUAAAAUGACGUUGAAAGACACUUGGCACACAUACUGUAUGUAGUUGGUUUAACUAACACACUUUCCAUUUCUGAACAAACUUGGUUGGUUUCACUGCUAAAUGUUGUCCUGAAUCAGCCCCAAGAUCAUGUUGAGUUUGUCUGUAGGAGAGCUGAAGUUUUUAAUAUGAUAUAUAUUGGUAAAAUCUACUUGAUGGGCUCACACCCAAUAGAGGCAUCAAUCAGUGAUGCUGUUCGUACAUAUUAUCCUUCAUAUCUGUCGGGACUAAAUUUAGAAUUACAAGUAAGAAUGGAAGCCAUGUAGGUGUAAUUUGAGCUAAUUUUCAGAAACCCAUGUAAUAAUAUUGGGAAAAUCCCAUAUUUAGAAAAAUAUGAUGUUAUAUGAUUUUAGAUUCUUAAGUGACACAAGGAAGUAUUUUUUGCUAGUUUUGGAGAAUUGUGUCAGUAUAAUUUUUAUUUAAAAUUGUGACGAAGAAGUAUACAGAUUGCAAAGUUCACAAAUGUUUACUGAUUAUCGUUCUAUAUCAAGGACUUAAACCAAACUUGUUUCGUACUUUGCCUCAGGAUUCCACUAACUGUACUGCCUCAAUGCCAGGGAAAACAUUGACUCAUUUAUUAAUGUUUGAACAUAGACCCUUGAUGCUGUUUGUAGAGAGUCAAUGUGAAAAACCCACAAGUAAUCCUUCAAUGCAGCUGCCCUGUGCCUGGACACUUGGUUGUGAGCCAUGCCUUUAAACAGCAAUCUCUUUUACACAGUCACUUGUGGAUUGAAUAACAUAAUGUAAACUCACCAAAUGAUUAGAGAUUCUCACAAAACAACUGCUGCCUUGAUAAUUUGGCUAAUCUGCAAUCUUUCUGGCCCCAAAAUGUUCUUUUCAGGAGAAACUAAAUCAGAUACCAUUUAAAAUUGCAUGGAAGUGUAUAUUAUUGCAAAUCACAUAAUACUAACCUUUGUUUGAUCACUUUCACCAACCACAACCAAAAAAAAACCUCCAAGCUUGUCGUUAAAUUCUUUCCAUGUUUACUCAAGGUCAUAAACUAUCUUUUUUAAUGUAUAAUCCAAACUGCUUGAAAAAUAGGAAAAAAAAGCACCAAAUAUAUUUAAAUGUGAUUUAUUUUUGAUGAUUUCAAGCAAACUGACAAAUAGUACGAAAUAAACAACCAAUCGCUAAUUACUCCCUACACUUACACCAUUCCUCCAUCCCCACAUCCAACUCCUCCCUGCCCCAUGAUAUGAUCACCACACUUGUAUCUCAAUACAUCAUGUCUGGCCUGUGAACAGCAACACUCUUGUGGUAAAUCCUUUUUUUUUAACAUGAAUCGCAUUAAUAUAACAGUAUUAAUCUUUCUUUAUACACUACAGCCAUUGUGUUCCUUUUUUUAAAAGAAGGAUAGAAUCUGUACAACUGACUGGGUGCAAUAAACUAAAGUGUUUUAACCUUU